UAUUUUUCGGUGGUUAAAGAAGAUGGACCUCAACCUGUUAGAGAAAGGCUCGACGAGGGAUUAGCCAGAGAGGGACCAGAACAACUGACAAAUGCAGACGAUGCACCCGCAGCACAUCAACCAGGGAGGACAAGUCACAGCAAGGGGUUUGCCGAAAAGGGGGCAGAUGCCAGCGGCGCAGAGCCCACAAAAGAAGCCUCUGUCAUAGAGGUCGAUACAAGUGUCGAUGAUGAGGUCGGUCCCUUUCAGAGGAAAAUCGAUGCUGUCACAAAAACCAGAAGAUUCGUUAUCAGCAAAAAUAGCGUAAAUCUUUGCGCAUUUUGUAAUGUGUGUAGUGUGAAGAUGGUUGCCGGAAAAGAGCACAAGGGCCAGGAUUUGUUCCUGAUUACCCAGUAUAUAGCCACUGCAAUACAUAAAACUAAUGAAGCCAUUUGUCUCUCAUGCGAGAGCGAAAUUCCUGCGGCGAUUCUCGAAGUACAACGGCAAGUAGAAGACAAGUAUCCGCACGUAUUUUCCUUCCUGCCAUGCCUGUAA